AUGGAGCGAUUAAAGUCGAACGCCUCGCGGGCGUCCACAUCCUCAGCACCUCGAGUUCAAGCGCAGCAUGGAGGAUUCUUGUGGCAGACAGUGACACGUCAGUCGACGUACUCUACACACGAGGACGACAGAGAAACAUACGAUAUCGAUGAGGAUUACACCGAAAAUGAUCCGUAUGAUGCCACAUGGAAUAUCACCGGUGAAGUCAAGCAUUGGAACAAUCAAGAUGUGGCGAGCGGCCUCAAGCCACGCAAGCUCAGGCUUACGUCGAGAAAUCUGAAUGUCUAUGGUGAAGGCGCAGGCACAGUUGUCCACGAAAAUAUUAUGCCCCUCUUCAACAUCGCGGCUCAGUUAUCAGACUCCAAACAGAAGAAACUAAGCAUUCAGAGGAAGACCAUCCUCAGUAACAGUCACGGUUGCGUGAAGCCUGGCGAGAUGCUGCUGGUAGUUUGCCGGCCCGGCUCAGGAUGCACGACACUUCUCAACGUGCUUUGCCAAUCGCCGGCACGGUUACGCAGCAAUUGA